UUUGCUCAUCUCUGCUCGGUGGUCAGAUCAGUAGCUGAUCUGUCAUCCCAGUUUUGUAAUCGAUUGCUGUUGAUUCGGAUCAAUAACAGUUAUCGGAGAAGGAUGAAGCUCCUCUGCGGUGGAUCGAUCCCGUUCCCCCUGCUGCUCAUCUGUCUACCAGUUUGCUUUGCUGCUCAUGGUCGCUACGCUCAGAAGCUGCUGACGGACUUGUUCUCAAACUACACCAAUGCUCUGCGGCCGGUGGAGGACACCGACCACAUCAUCAAUGUCACUCUGCAGAUCACUCUCUCACAGAUCAUCGACAUGGAUGAGCGGAACCAGAUCCUCACCACCUACCUGUGGAUCCGCCAGGUUUGGAUGGAUGCCUUCCUCUCCUGGAAGAAGGAGGACUACGAUGGCCUGGACACCAUCCGCAUCCCCAGCAGCUACGUGUGGAGACCAGACAUUGUCCUGUAUAACAGUGCAGAUGACGAGUUCUCAAGCUCUAUGGAGACCAAUGUGGUUCUCCGUAACGAUGGGCAGGUAAUGUGGGACCAGCCAGCCAUUACCAAAAGCUCCUGCUCCGUGGAUGUGGCCUUCUUCCCCUUUGAUUUGCAGGAGUGUCACCUGACCUUUGGCUCCUGGACUCACAACGGCAACCAGAUGGACUUAUCCAAUGCCUUGGACAGUGCUGACUUGACCGACUUUGUCCCCAAUGUGGAGUGGGAGGUUCUGGGCAUGCCAGCCAAGAAGAAUGUUAUUCUGUAUGGAUGCUGUUCAGAUCCGUAUCCGGACAUCACCUUUACCCUCCACCUGAAGAGACGGGCCUCCUUCUACAUCUUUAAUCUCCUCAUCCCCUGCAUGAUGAUCUCCUUUCUGGCUCCUCUAGGCUUCUACCUGCCGGCUGACUCGGGUGAAAAGGUUUCUCUGGGGGUUACGGUGCUGCUGGCCCUCACCGUGUUUCAGCUGCUCGUGGCUGAGAGCAUGCCGCCCUCCGAGAGCGUCCCAUUGAUCGGGAAGUAUUACAUCGCCACAAUGACCAUGGUCACUGCGUCAACAGCGCUCACUAUCUUCAUCAUGAACAUCCACCACUGUGGUGCUGAGGCUCGUCCGGUCCCUGAGUGGGCCGAGCUCUUCAUCCUGAACUACCUGGCUCGCAUCUGCUUUGUGUACGAGGUGGGAGAGAACUGCCUCAGCGUGACCUCAUCCAAGAAACAGCCUCCGUCCAAGGAGGACGCUGACGCACCUCCAGCCAACGGCAGCAACACCAAAGGAACAAACUGGGAUGUGAACGGGCAGGCGUGGGGGGGCAAGGUGGAGGAGGAAAAGCCAGGGCGGGAUUCUAACAGCCAGGUGGACUGGAAGGAGGAUCUGUUUGUGAACAUUGACCACUCAGAGGAGGAGGGAGCUGCAGGAGGACAUAAAGAAGAGAGGGAGGAGUCAGAUAGUGCCUGUGGAGGAGAAGGAGAGGACGUUGAGGAAAAGAAAGGUGUAGGAGAUGAAGGGGAAGGUGGAGCCAGGGGGCACAGGAGGGAGAUCUUCGUGAGAACCCAGUGUGUGUGCCAGCACCAGGGGCUGUGCAGGAACGUUCAGUACAUUGCCAACUCGUACCAGGACCAGCGAGCCGCACAGCUACGCAUCGGGGAGUGGAGGAAGGUCGCCAAAGUCAUGGAUCGCUUUUUCAUGUGGCUCUUCUUCAUCAUGGUCUUCCUCAUGAGCAUCCUCAUCCUCGGGAAAGCCAUCUAAUCGAGGGGAGGGUUGGUGCACCGAUGAAAUGAUUUGUUGAAUGUUCUUUGAAGAGAAGUCUGUGUUUCAAACCCUCAGCCUAAUUCGUCACAGUUUUUUUAUUUCCAUAACCACUCUUUGCAAAAAGUUUUGAAUCUGCUUCCGUCCACAGCUGUGACUCAGGCUGUAACGGCUGCAACGUUAUCCUUGGGGUAAAUGUUCCUGAUCAAAGUAUGUCAACAAAAUGAGCUUGAUUUUGCUGCUCAGGCUGUAGUGACACAGUGAGGAGACCUGUGAGCAACAUGCCAAAAAAUGCCACAACUUGGCUAGAAUAGACAGAAAAAUAACACGUUGAGGGUGUGUUCCCUUUGUGUUGGCUAUGUUCAUGUUACAAGCAUGACACAUAAAAUAGAGUAACAUUCCUGGUGUGUUUUUCAAAGUAAGAGCCCAUGAAAAACUGCUCUUGUUUUUCCACGUUUCUUUAGUGAAUUAAUUUGUAUAUGAAGCUCUCUCUUCGAUUCUCUACUGUUAAAUAUCCAUUUUGUUCUCUGCCUCUAAAUUUAUGUAACAGAUUACAAAAUAUAUCUCCUUCUAUGGCAAUCUCUCCUUCUCUUUGUCGCCCACUUUUAGUCCUCAUCUCACUGACUCUCUCUGUGCAUUAGGACCCAUUAGUUAAAGCUUAUCCCCUUCUGUUUUGGUAGUAAAUUUUUGGGCUUUAGGUGCCAGCCUCUAAUGGACACUUGUGAAACUGCAGCUUUUUGCAAUUCUGCAAUGGCUUAAUUUUUUAACACCAAAGUUUGACACUUGGAUGUAACAUCUAGCCUUUUCUGUUUUUGAGAAUAAAUAUUCCUAACAUAAAGCUCUAUUUCCUUCGGAUACUUUCUGUAAUGUAGUCAGACAUUGCGAACAGAAAUUGGAAUAAAAACAAGAGAUUUUAGUGGACACACUUUGACUGACACACUUUCUAUAAAAGUGAUCAUUGCCGCCAUUACAGCUUGUUCACUAACUACUGGAGAAAUUAAAAAACCUUUUGCACUUUGUGCCAUUUGAACCGUUAAAUAUCAAAGAAUUUGGCCCAGGUUUGUCACUAUUACAAGACUCAACUUCAAGAUGAACGUAAGAUGAAUGGUGGGAUGGGCUUUAUUUCACUGACUUCCAUCUGUCUGAUGAUCAAAAAGAUAUUUAAUUACACAAAGGAAUGAGCGACCUAGCUGUUGCUGUGUUACAGUUUUAAAAACUAUGAUUGCCACACUUUUUUAUAAGUUUAUUUGUUGUUUACUGUGUGACUGAUCACUUUUUUGACAAUUAAAAAUGCAUGCAGGAGUUUUUUUUAUAAAUCAGUCACAUUGAAAAUAUGUAAUACAUGGGACUGCAACCUACUAUUGUUGUUCUAAUGCAUAAUUUUCUCUUUCAGCAAAGUGUAUAAAGUGUAAAAAUGUAAAAUAUUUCUGUAUAUCCACCUCAAGUAUUCCACCUGAACAACGUAAACUUCUUAUCAACUGUUAAUCAUGAAAGCCAUGAAUGAAGCUGAAUAUUCAUCUGUCAUGAUUUCUUUGUUCCAUUUGUACAAAUAUUAAGUCAAAAGGGGAAAUAAUAAGGGGAUUGGUGCGUCAUUAUGUAGCUUAUGUCAUUACUUAAGAAGGCACAGCAGCCUCUGCUGUUUUAAAAAGGGUAGUGGAAUCCAUCAUUCAUCUCAAUGAUUUGAAUAAUCCCAUACCCUCACUGAUUAGGAAAGGUAACUUGGUUGCACUCGAUUUCUGGGGAAUGCUCCUUUAACCUAAACUGUGUCUUAAACAUUGUAAUUUGAAAAGUUGACAGGAGCAGUAGAGUGGAUCAUCUCUCUGAGGGUUUCUUCUCCUGCAGAGUUUAUCACCAACAUCCAAGAUCUUAAAGAUUCGCUUGUUUACUUGAGUUGAUCUCACUGCAUGACAAAUACUUGCAUUGAACCUGUGCGUAAUAAAACUUAAAGUGUUAUGAUGCUAUAAGUGUGAUCAUCUUGUGACAGCACAGAGAUACUAUAACUCAUAAAUGAAUUAUCAAGUCUGUUCUAGUUUUUAUUCAGAAUGAAUUAAAAUGGAUGAAUCUUAAAUGUUGCUUUGUCAAGGGUUUGGACACAAAUAGACGUUAUCAUUAUUGAAAAAAAAACAUGGGGAAUAUCUUUACUCUGUAAAAUGUUCCUGAAACAUCAACCCUGGUAACAGUUAUUCAGGAAACACUGCCAACAAUGUUUUUAGUAAUGUCAAACUGAAGAUGUAAAAAAAGGAGUGACAGCAAGAUCAUAAAGUGGCCAUCGACAUACCAAAAACUGGGUACGUCAUAUGCUAGAAGUUAUGCAACAUGCUUCGUGGCUAGCGGUAUGUUGCCAGACCCGUGUGCAAGAGUCCUCAGUGGUAUGCUACCAGUAUCCACUGUGCAUUUUGUGUCUUUGCUGACAACUUAAGCACAACACAGGGAUGUAAACCAAGUUUCUUUCACCUGUCUUUCAUGUGUAUCAAAGGUAUGGUUGUUCGGUACCUCUGUUGACAAAAAAGUCCUUAAGCUUUAGCCAGUGGCCGGUCAGGGUUGACCACAUCACAUGCCGCAGUUAUUCCGGAAUACAGCGAGGCCCCUUUAGAUCGAGGGCCGGCUGAAAAAAAGUUGAAUUUAGUGAAACUUUUUUUUUGCUUGAAUCCAGAAUAAAAGCACUGUUACUUGCCUUUUUGGAGUGGUCUUAGUCUUCACAAUGCAAAAACAAGAAAAUGCCAAAUUUAACUCACUACAUGUUGUAUAUCCUGUUUGUUUGGUGUUCAAAACUGAUCAAACGACACAUUUAAACAUGACACACUGCUGAUGCCGUCAUAUUCAUUAAAAGUUUGUUAUUAAAAAA